CACGCUUUGCCACUAUGAAAAUCGCAAGGAUAUUUUUUGGCCAGCCAUUUUUGUCCCGUCACAGACCUGAAUACCACGACUAUAAUCGAUUGGCGUGCUGCGUGCAUUGGAGAAGACUAAGCAACCCCCCUACGGUCGGUCUUGUCUCACGAGUAUCGUGAACUUAACGACAUAAUUUGAUUACCCAAAGAGUCGCAAUUAAAUCCUAAGGAACCAUGACUGCCACACCCCAAAGUUCAUCAGCGGAGGGAGACGACGAGCCCAAAUCCAUCGAUUUGGAUACCAAUACACAUCUUGGAGGAACAGCAACAGCACCCGCAAAUAAUUCAUAUUCAGACGAAGACUUUCUCGUCUCCUUCACUGGCGAUGACGACCCGCGAAGCCCGAGAAGCAUGGCCCCAGCGCGAAAGUGGUUGAUCGUGACCAUUAUGGCUACAACCAGUUUAUGUGUCGCUUGCACAAGCUCACUUUACAGUGCAACCUAUGGACAGAUUGAGAAGGAAUUUCAUGUUAGUCCGACCGUCGCUACUCUGGGAUUGAGCUUGUUUGUUUUCGGUUUAGGUUUGAGCCCGAUGAUUCUUGCGCCACUGAGUGAGUUCUACGGGCGGAAGUGGAUUUACGUUCUAUCAACAUUCAGCUUCGUGAUCUGGCUCAUACCGUGUGCUGUGGCAACGAAUAUCGAGACGUUGAUUGUAGCGCGCUUCUUCAAUGGGCUGGCUGGGGCGGCGUUUCUGAGUGUCGCCGGUGGGACGGUCGGGGAUUUAUUCACUCGGGAAUCUUUACAAGCACCGAUGAUGCUUUAUACAGCGAGUCCAUUCUUGGGUCCUGAACUUGGGCCUGUUAUUGGGGGAUUCAUAAAUUACAACGUGAAAUGGCAAUGGUCCUACUACGUGCUCCUUAUAUGGUCCUUUGCCCAGUUCAUCGCUAUCUGCCUUCUGGUCCCUGAAACAUACCACCCUGUUUUGCUGCGUCAGGAGGCCAAAAAACUACGGAAAGAGACAGGAGAUAGCAGAUACUAUGCUUCAAUAGAAAAAAUGGACAGGUCACUGACACAGACCCUCAUUCGAUCCUGCUACAGACCGUUCCUGCUUCUUGCCCUCGAACCGAUGUGCUUGUUCCUCUGCCUGUUUACUGCAGUAUUACUGGGAGUUCUCUACCUUUUCUUCGGUGUUUUUGGUGUGAUCUUUCAGAAUAACCACGGCUUCAACUUAUGGCAAGUCGGGCUAUGCUUCUUGGGAAUCGCUGUCGGCAUGAUAGUUGGAGUUUGUACGAAUCCGUUAUGGCACAAGAACUUCAUGAGACUUCUCAAGGAGCAUCAAGCAAAAACUGGCAUUCCUGGCUCUUCAGAACCGGAGUUCCGUCUUCCUCCUGCCAUUGGAGGAGCUCCACUUGUGACGAUAGGGUUGUUUUGGUUUGGAUGGACAACAUAUUCUUCUAUCCAUUGGAUAGUUCCCAUUAUUGGUAGCGCCGUCUUCGGCGCUGGUGUCAUAAUAGUUUUCUCCGGAAUCUGGACUUUCUUGGUGGAUGCCUAUCCACUUUAUUCUGCAAGUGCGCUUGCAGCAAAUAGUUUCACGCGGAGUGUUUUUGCAGCGGCAUUCCCGCUAUUCGGCUCACCCAUGUAUGAAAACCUUGGUUACCAAUGGGCAUCAUUUCUUCUUUCAAUGAUUACCUUGGUUUUAGCACCGUUUCCAUAUAUUUUUUACCGAUGGGGGGCGCAGAUACGUGCUAAGAGCAAAUAUGCCGGGGGAAAGUAAUGUUCAAACUAACUGGGGGGAAAUGGAAAGAAUAGAACAAAAUAACAUAGAAUCCAGACAUUCAAGAGGCUGGCCUGGAAGGCUCGUUUUUCAAGACUUAUAUCAGAAUAUCAUGGUUAAAAUGUGGUUCGAGACUGGCCGGUGUGUGAGUAGAGGUAGAAUUAUAUUUGCUUCGAUGAGAUUGUGGGAACCCUCUUUUCCAUCGAUUACAGCUUCAGAAUACCCGUCGAAUACGCAUACAAUUUAGGCAUUCUCCUUCCUUUGGAUCAGUAGAACAGCUAAUCAGAACGACCUUUUUAUGUGGUUAUAGUGGAUGUCACUCGAGGCGGCAGGAUUGUCGACGACAUCAUCUAUCGGAAGGAUGAGAAAGUCACUGAAUCGAGGACUUUGAUAGUGGCUAUCAAAUACAACAGCGAGGCGGAGAAUUCUAUGGUGGUUCAAACAGCAGGGAAGAUGGAUAUGAUAAAAUUUUCUUUGAG